AAUGUGGAGUUUGUCAAAUAUUGCUAAAAAUAAAUUAUCCACCUUAAGUAGUUAUUACGAAAGUUCAGAUCCAGGAACUGCAGUUGAUGGUGAGACUAAUUGGCUUCAUGGACAAAAUGGUAUUAAAUGCGCUCAUACCUUCACUAAUAGACACCCAUGGUGGAAGGUUGAUUUAGUAAAACAAAGCCAAAUUUUGGCUGUAACAAUAAUUGGUAGAGGAGAGCACGCGGAUAGAUUAGAGAAUCUUCGUAUAGCCAUUUCUAGUGAAGACGUUACUCCAACACCUGAAAUUCCUGUAGAAUGUGGCUAUUACAAUGGACCAUUGCCUCCUUAUUUAACAAUGAGAUGUCCAAAAUCAACAAUUGGUCGUUAUCUAUCAGCAGUGAUUGUUGCCGAGCAUACAGCUCUUAUUUUAUGCGAAUUGGACAUUUUUGGUUAUAAUUUGGAUGAAAAUUUAAAAGUGAAUACAAUCUUUUACAAUCAAACUGAUUAUUUCUAUAGAAUUAAUAAUCAAACUAAAGAUUGUAAUGGAAAUUUAAAAUCUACAUCAGAUAUAUCAGAAUAUCAAAUAUCAUCAUCAUUUGAAAUUGUCCUUAAAGGAAUUGAUAUUGAAAAUCAAUCAUUUUAUUGCAACAUUUGUUGUGACAUGUCAAUGAAGAAAUGCAGGGUCAAACUGCAAAGGCUACCUUCUAGUGCAGCUGUUAAUGCAGAAAUAACUCAAACAUCUAAUUUCCAAUUGUGGCUUACUGAACAAGGCAUAUCAAAUAAUAUCAACAAGGAACAACUAUUGGAGUUGAUAUCACAACUUAAUGGAAAUCAUGAAAUUAUAAAUUUUAACAAUACAAUGAAAAGCAUUAGAAAAAAUGAUACAAAUUUUAAUGAAAUGGUAAGAUCUUUUACAGAAAUUGGAGUGAAUCCUGGAAAGGAAGAAAUUAUCAAUCUUAGAAAAUUCAACAACCAGUUGUAA